AUGACAUCGCUUCCGUCGCCUGCUCUGGAGGAGAAACGGCAGCAGGAGCAUGGCGCAUUUCUUCCUCCUCAGUUCUCUGUACCUAUGCGAGCUCCGGUAGAUGGCUUCCCAAGCGAGAAGGAUGUUAUUGUUCCUGAAGUUAUCCGGUUGUGUAGUAAGAGCAGCGACGGUACCGGUAAUGCAAGGGUUUACCAUGGCAAGGAAAUGUUGUUGAAUGCCUCGCCCACAUUAGAGCUACCCGCUGAAGAUGCGGAGGCACUUUUAACGGCGCUGCGGCGGCACCCCCGGUGUGCGGAGAUUCGUGAAGAGUUAAAGGGGGUAAAUGAAUCGUAUCUGGAGGAAGCGUUUGGUGAGGAAGAUGCUAGGGAAGAUGACACGCGUAGGCGGGUCGACUACAACGCUGCGCUCGCCAUCAUGAAAUCCAAUUCGUCAAAGCGGCUCUCCAUGUGCACUUCAUGCCUCACACGGGGACAACAUCGACACUAUUACUCUUGGGUGAAAAGAUACCUGGAGGAAGGCAUUAUUCCAAACCCAACGGAAGACUAUCCGGAUCUUAGUACUGUCAUUGAUUUAGUUCAGCGGGAGCAGGCAGCUUACCGCCACAAGUUAAAAGAAGAAAUGAUUGCAUGUGAGGCUUGUAAGUGUGAAACAGGGUAUAACAAACGUACCAGAAGCGACGAGAUGCCACAGCAGUCUCACCGGGCUUGUUGGAACCACAAUUACAUUGACGAGUACGUGGAGCAAUAUGCCAAGCAGUGGCUGCGUUACCGAUUGGAGUCGCAGUUGUUGCGUGGGCUCCUUGGUGGGUCGUCCUGUGGUGGUGGGGGCGGUGGGGUCAAUUUCUCCGAGGUUAUUUGUGAUCUCCGCAAAAGCAUUGCAGCAUCAACCGGGGUGAAGCCAACGGCGACUCUGUGUGAGCGUACCCGUCAUCUCUGUGCGCAUCGCGUCGCUGAAACCAUUGAAGAGCGUCAGUCAAAAGGUCACACUCGCGUCCUUCCGUCGGCCGCCGUUCCGCCCACGCUGCCUUUAGGAGUGCAAUGGCUUAACGAGCGGGAGCCUGCACUACACACCUCAAACGUAGCGGGUGCUAAAGUUGUGGAAAAGGACGUAUCGUCUCAGGGUCAGCAGCAACAGGAGGUGGCAGAGGCACGGCCUCCAGCGCUCCCUUGCAAAGACAUUGUGGGGACCUUCUUCACCCUCAGGGUUUGCAAGUCGGCGCUGUUCAAAUUGGCCACAGCGCAUUUGUCGUCGUUUCGCGGGGAAUUCUGCAUACCGGUGAGUUGCACAUGGUCCCCAUCAGCGCAGUGCCUCGAUAUCAGCAUUGAGAAACCUCUUCCACCAAGCUGCGAGUCGCGGCGUAAUAUUAGUGCAAUGGCCAUGAAGCGUUUGGUGGACGCCGAGUUGCGUUUGCCGACCAGAGGCCGGUGCAGUGGCCCUGAUGGUGGGGAAAGCAAGUGCUACUCCGAAGUCUCCUUUGGUGCUGAUCUUGCAUUUUUAUGUAUGACGAAUUGCGUGUUCGACCUUAAAGAACCGAAACCAGUUUUCCGCUUGGUGAAGAUGGAGUACAACUGCAAAGGUUACAACACAGCGCCCGACGAUGAGCGGACCCUUCUAUAUGAAAACUUUAGCAAAAAGGAAGUAAUAUACAUGUGGGUCUUGCUUCAUUGUAACCCAACCGCGGCUCUCUAUGUGUAUCGAGUCAAUGCAUAUUCGAGUGCGGUUGUUGGGAUUGAGCAAUUUUCGUCCGCGACGCUUGCGAAUCAAGUUCUUCACGAAUAUUCUAACGACACUGAGGUCCAAAGCGCUUGGAGCUGCCUCCGUGACAUCCUUUCGAAGUUGGUCGCAACUGCGACCCGUCAGUACCAUCAACGUGAGAGGCAACACCAAGAGGGGAUGGACGAGAAAUCUGGAAACCCUGAAGGAUGCACCUUCUUACUGAGGAAGGCGAAAGGCCACUCUGAGGUUUCGUUGUGCUCCGUCAGUUCCUGUUAUCCGACGGAACCGUCAGUUCAGGAUGCCGUAGAGUCCUUUAUUGAACCAGCUGGACAAUCCGUCUGCCGGCGGGAGUAUCUUCCACCAUGUGUCUGGCCAUUCCCGGACCGGAUUCCUUUUACCUACGGCCCAGCUCCGCGGGCGUGUUACACCGUUAACCGCACCACUGAACAACGACACAAUUCGGAAUAUUAUGCUAAGAAUGACGUUUGGGAGCAUAACCUGCGUUACUACACAGUAGGAGCAGAUGGUAUCUUGUGGGAGCAACACCUUGCUGACGGUCCAUAG